CUGGAAUGGGAAAGGCGGAAACGGCUUGGGCUUAACAUUUCGCCAACGACGCAUUCCAAUAGCUGAGAUCCACCUCGGCUGCGAAUUAAACUGUUGCUAGUCCUUCCUCAACAGAACAGCGACCAUGCCCCACUCCUUCGGUCUCCGGGCUCGUACCCGCCACUUGUUCUCUCGCAACUUCCGUGAAAAGGGUUCCAUCCCCCUUUCCACCUACCUGAAGUCCUACAAGGUCGGCGACAUUGUGGACAUCAAGGCUAACGGUGCCGUUCACAAGGGUAUGCCCCACAAGUUCUACCACGGAAAGACCGGCAUCAUCUACAACGUUACCAAGUCCGCCGUCGGCAUCAUCGUCCACAAGCAGGUCGGCAACAGGUACAUCGAGAAGCGUGUCAACAUCCGUGUCGAGCACAUCAAGCACUCGAACUGCCGUCUGGAUUUCCUGCGUCGUGUCAAGGCUAACGCCGCUGCCAAGAAGGAGGCCAAGGAGAAGGGUGUUUCCUUCAACCUGAAGCGUCAGCCCGUCGGACCCGUCAAGGCCCACCACGUCUCGACUAAGAACAACGCCCCCACCACGAUCACCCCCGUUCCCUACGAAGCUUUGGUUUAAAAGAAGCGUUCUGAUCAUGUUGUACAUACGGUAGUGGGGAAGGCUCCUGUUAAUUUCAUAUUCUUGCGGCAAUUCGCUUCAAAUAUGAUGUUCUGGGUUCUUCGGCAUCACCUGCUGUUCAU